CUCUCUCUCUCUCUCUCUCUCUCUCUUAUAUAUAUAUAUAUGAACCCCUAGCAGCAAGCAAGCUAUAAUAUCCCAACAUAACAAACACCUCCAACUCUCUCCACUGUUAUAGCUGGAGGCUUCCCAUCUAACAUAUAUGAACAAGCAAUUCCUCUGAGAGUAGACCACCACACCAUUGAAAACAAAACAAAAAAAAAAGAAAAGAAAAGAAAAGAAAAAGAAAUGGAGAGUGCACUUACCUGGGAAUACAUGUCACUGGUGAAUGAGCUGACGCAGGGAAUGGAGAGGGCAAAUCAGCUCCGGCUCCACUUGUCGUCCACGUCUCCCUCCGAAGCCCAUCACCUUCUUCUGCAGAGAAUAUUGUCUUCUUACGAGAAGGCUCUCAUGAUCCUCAAAUGGAAGGGAUCAGAGAGGGAGGCAGCAUCUGCUGUCCUGGAGGGUUCCGUUUCCGUCGACGGGAGUCCCAAAAGUGAUGACUUGAACAAGAAUUUCAAGGACCAUCAUCAGGAAUUCGGUGCCGUCAAGAAGAGGAAGCUUCAGCCCACGUGGACAGAACAAGUGAGGGUUAAUUCGGACAAUGGGCUCGAAGGGCCAAUCGAUGACGGAUACAGCUGGAGGAAAUAUGGACAGAAGGACAUCUUGGGUGCCAAGUAUCCAAGGAGCUAUUAUAGAUGCACAUACCGCAUGGUUCAAAACUGCUGGGCAACUAAGCAGGUGCAGAGAUCCGAUGAGGACCCAACCGUGUUUGACCUCACGUAUAAAGGGACACACACAUGCAACCAGUCAACUACUGCAGUCGCAGUGCCGCCUCCGCCAGCAUCCCCUGAAAAGAAAGAAAGCAAACUACAAAACCAGACUCUAAUGAACUUGAAAGCUAACCUCAAGGUUAGCACCGACAACUUGGAUGACAAGGGAGCACCGUCUUCCUUCUCUUUCUCAUCAACAAAUGCAUGCCGGGACAACACAGCAAACCAAUAUUUUCCUCUUACCAGUCUUCCCUACGACAAUCACCUGGGAGCAUACUCUCCAUUAUUUUUAUCUCCUGCAACGCCCGAGUCUAAUUACCUUUCUACAGCAACCCACCAACUUAAAAGCCUUGGAGGGACUCAAAACUAUCAACACUCGGAAUCUGAUGUUGCAGAAAUAAUCUCAGCCAAUGCAUCAACAAGCAAUUCUCCUAUAGGAGGCAUGGAGUUCCCAUUAGAUCGGCUAGAGCUAGACCCAAGCUUCCCGUUCGACACUGAAGGAUUUUUCACAUAAUAUAGCUUUAAGAGCUGGCAACGUUAAGAUAUAUAUAUAUAUAUGUUCUGCAGCUAUGAUCGUUUAUCUAGGCAUCUAAUAUAAUUUUAAAAGUGAGGAACAAAUAAUCUGUAAAUACCGAAUUUGCAGAUUGCAGCUGAA